GAUUUUCUGAAAUAACAGAUGAAGCGCUACAUAUAAUUGUAACAAAGUUAGUGUCAAACUUUCCCAACGCAGGGAUAAGAACAAUGAAGGGUCAUUUAUUAGCUCGAAACAUUAGGGUAACUUGGAGUCGCGUUCGUAAUGCUCUUUGGUGUGUUGACCCACAAGGAAUUGUCAAUCGUUCGCUACAUAGUCCAAUUACCCAGCGCCGUAUAUACAGCGUACCUGGUUCAUUAGCGCUAUGGCACUUGAUGGAAACCACAAGUUAAUUCGUUGGGGAUUUAUAGUUCAUGGUUGCAUAGACGGAUAUUCCAGGAAGAUCAUGUAUUUGAAAUGUCAUAUAAACAACAAAGCAGAGACAGUGCUUAACAUAUUCUGUGACGCUGUGCAAUCAUUCGGUCUUCCAUCUAGAGUAAGGGGCGACCAAGGUGUGGAAAACUAUGAUGUUGCAAGGUUCAUGUUCUGGCACCCGGCGCGUGGACCCGGGCGCAGCAGUUAUAUUGCUGGAAAAUCUUGCCACAAUCAACGAAUAGAAAGAUUGUGGAGAGAUGUUUUUACCCUGUCACUGUCAAAAUAUUAUUGCGUUUUCUGGUAUUUAGAAGACAGUAAUUUGUUAGACAUAUCGAAUGGUCUUCACUUGUACGUAGUAAAAAUUGUGUUUGUACAUCUGAUAAAUGUAGAUUUACAAAGAUUUAAGGAUGGUUGGGAUUGACACCCAAUUCGAACUGCUUCUAAUCGCACUCCAAAUCAGCUAUGGCUACUUGGUAAAAUCGACUACCAACCAGACAAUGGGGAUUUCGACGUAGAUAACUCAUACAGGGUUGAUUUUGAUGGACCUGUAACGUUACCAAGUGGAACUGGGGUGGAAAUACCAGACAUACAAGAGUUUCUUAAUGAAGAAGAGAAGAACACCUUAUUACGUGAAAUUGACAUUUAUAAGAAUUCAGACAGCUUUGGUGUUGAUAUCUAUGUUGAAGUGCUAGCCUAUGUUCAGACAUUGAUCAACCAAAGAGGACAAAGUUAAAAAUUUCAAUCUUCGUCACACGGAAAAAAUAUAAAAAAGACAUUUGUUUCAAGCUUAUAAUGCAUAACAUAACGUAAAAAAUUACCAUUUCAUAAAAUAUAUAUCCACCUACAUGGAAAUGAUGUUAUUUCUGCGCGUUAAUAACUCUUUUGCUUCUAAGAACUCACAAGGAAACUGUAUGCUCUUUUUGAAUGUGAUAAAACGCUGUCUUGGUGAAUUUUUUAAUAAUUUCUCUCAUUAAAUGUUUAUUUAUGCAAAAUUUCAAAAAGCAACAUAAAUUGUACCUGAAGGUAAAAAAUUAUUGUGGGAAGAACAUUCUGCAGCCUGAGUAUACAUGUAAUUUGUGUAAUAAGUUUUGUAGAUGAGGAACUUUAAAAGCAACUUUUGAAAUAAUUUCUUCCCACAAAAAUUUCUUAAGGUAUAAGAAGUAAAAUAUAAAAGUCACUUCAAAUAACAAAACAGUCAGCAACUAAAACCAAUGUCAAAUCUAUUUAUUGUCACUAAAACCUACACCUUCAAUAGCAAUGGCUUUCUCAAAGUGUUCUCCAAAUUUCUGUUGAGUUGUGUGUACAGUUGGCAGGUACAGUAUAUUGAAACAAGACAUGGUCUUCGGAUAUAUAUGAGCAUCAUCAUCAUCUAAAUACUUAACUGUGAUGGGGGAACCCAAACCCCACGGUGGUACAAGUGAAUGGCCUGUGAUAAACUUUAGAACAGCUGAUAUGUAUUUUUCUGAACUAUCAGUAAUAAUUU